UAUAGUUUAAUAUUAAAGCAAAAAAAGACCUACUUUAGCAAAUUAAUUUUAAUUAAAGACAUAUUUUAACUCAAACAAAACUUGAAAGUAACAUAAAUGUUACACUACAAUCGAAACGAACGAUAUCCACAAUUGUUACCGAAACAACCGCAUAAACAAUUACCACAGGAAAAUUUCCAGCAACAACAGCAACAGCAGCAACAACAGCAACAUCAACUACAACAACAACAACUACAGAGAAAAAUACCUAUUUUACGGGUACACUAUAUACGCAUCAAUUCCAAAGACGGUAGUAGUGCCGGAAAUGUUGCCAAAAUGAAAACCAUUGCUCCAAACAUACGACGGCGACGUCGUUGCGAUAAACAUCAUUUGGAAUUAUAUCGCGAUGCACCUGAUGUGACCAGUGUAACAACAGCGAGUACAUCCUCCCACGCAUCAGUGCCACUAACAGUGAAAUCAGUCUCAGCCACAACUUCUGCAGCAACAUCACCAAUACAUGAUAUAGGCAUACCAGCGCCACCAAUAACGCCACCACCGGCAUUCUUAUCGGCUGGCUAUAAACGUGGUUCAACCAGUAGUGGUGCUACAAUCAAACGUUGCUUAGGUGAGUGA